AUGGAAAGGGUUACGAAGGAGAACGAUCCACAAAAACGAGAUGAUGGCUCAUCAUUUUCUUCUCUAUCUGAAGAUCUGAUCAUAGAGAUUCUUCUGAAGUUGCCGACUAAAUCCAUACCAAAGCUCGUCGUCGUCUCUAAGCUCUUGUCUUCUAUCAUCCGCAGCAAACAUUUCAUCGACCUCUACCUGAAACAACAAUCUUUAACUCGUCCAUGUUUUCUCCUCUCGUUCCACCGUGACAGCGUCCGUUUCUUCCACUCAAUUCCUCUGCAGUCUUUGGAGGCAGCAUCACCGUCUUCUUCUUACACUGGUACAACAUCAAGCUUUCCUCUGAGUCUUAAUACGCGGCUAUAUCCACUAAGUUACAACGUUUCUCCACCGGUACGCGGCUUGAUCUGCUUUCAAGAUUUGGAUAAGGUGGUGGUUUCGAAUCUUGGCACGGGCCAGUUCUUGGUUUUACCAAAACUCAACACUAGGAGAAGACGAAUAACAAGAUUUUUGGGAUACGAUCCGGUUAAAGAUGAAUACAAAGUCUUGUGCAUGACGGUAUUGAAACUUUCUGGACCGGUUGUGAGCGAAGAGCAUCAAGUUUUCACUUUAGGUGGAGGAGCUCAGAAGAAGGAGAAAGAAGAAGCUACAUGGAGGAUAAUCGAAUGUAAGGUUCCGCAUUGUCCUGCAACCAACGGGAUAUGUAUGACGAAGAAUGGUGUUAUUUACUACGGAGCUUGGUCAACCCGUGACAGAGCUACACGAGGAUCCCUAAUUGUGUGCUUUGAUGUGAGAUCGGAAGAUUUUACUCUUGUUAAACUACCCAACGGUGUCGAGAUUGAUGGUGGUGAUACUGAUCAGUCUGAAUUGGUCAACUACCAGGGGAAGAUAGCUUUAUUGAAUAACUCAUGGGUUCAGAACAUAUACUAUGGUAGAUUUGAUAUGUGGGUUUUGGAAGAUAUUGGCGUGAAACCAGAAUGGUCAAAGAUCUCUAUCGUGGUUCCUUCUUGGAAAGAUUUAGUUGGAAAAAGAAUAUUAGAUUGUAGAGGUGCCAUUCUUAGUUCCGGCGAAUUCAUUUUCUCACCAGUCUAUUCGGAUAGCCCCUUCAGUAUUAUCAGUUACGAUCGCGAGAAAGAUUUUGGCAGAAAAGUUGUGAUUGAAGGACUUGGAGAUAACUUGUGUUCUGUAAGCCUCUUCUUGGAUCAUGUGGAGUGUCCUAUACUUCUCUAA